AAAGAAGUUUAUCAUAACUUUGAAGGCUGCCGGUAAACAAUCCACCCGCCAGUGCUGCCCCCAACUAUUAAGAAACAGCUGUAGUGUCGGCAUUUGCAUUAUUCUGAUAGUUAUGUUAAAAAACCAUAUAAAAUAUGAAUGAUAUAAGGCGUUUGAAAGAGCAACAACGCGAAAAACAUCCUGGAUUUGACUCCUAUAUGGAUUGCAUGACCCGCUCUCUUUUUUCCGGACUUGCCGCCUUUUGCUUAGGUUUCUCGGGAUCGUAUUUUACACAAAAGCUUAUACAAACUAAAAUACGUUACCCCGUAAAGUACAACAUACUGCUGUCCUCACUUCUGGCCACAGGUAUUUCAUAUCAGGUAACCUCAACACGGACGAAGUCUUGUCAGUCGCGGUGGAUGGCAUUCGAAGAGAAACACUCUAUUCUAAAGGAGGAACAGUUUUAAAACAUUUUAUAUAUAUAUAGCGUAUAUAUAUAG